AUGGCGCCAGCUGGUCCCAGCUCCUGGAUUCUCUUCCACUGCCCAAUGUUAAAUGGAUUUGCCCUACUGCACCAACACGGCCUGUCGCGGCUUUCGGUGGAUUCCCUUGCACUGCAUGUGGGUUUCUCAACUCUAUAUCCGACUUAUCGACUUGGCUCAAAAGCCUGCAACUUUGCUUUCCUGAUAGAGCUGCUAGGGUAUUUUUUAUGGUUUGAUGUGGACGAAACUUCAUUGGAUGGCCAUGCUGAUAUCGAAGGGCUGGAUGCUUCAGCCGCACAUGUGGCAAACCUACUGUCGUCCGAGCCAUCUGAUGUGAGCCUUGGGAUAGGAGGAUUCAGCAUGGGUGCUGCCGCUGCCCUCCACUCUGCUGCAUGCUAUGCUCAUGGGAGAUUCACAAACGGCAUUGCCUAUCCGAUCAACCUCAGGGUCGUCGUUGGUUUAAGUGGCUGGCUUCCUUGCUCAAGGACCCUAAGGAGCAAGAUUGAGAGCUCGCAGCUUGCUCUUAGAAAAGCUUCUAGCUUGCCAAUCCUGCUCAACCAUGGAAUAGCCGAUGAGGUUGUCAUCUACAGGAACGGUGAGAGGUCGGCUGAGAUUCUACGGAACUCGGGAUUCCAGUAUACCUAUUUCAAACCCUACAAUGGACUUGGUCACUAUACUAUCCCUGAAGAGAUGGACGACGUCAGCAAGUGGCUCAGGUCAACGUUGGGACUUUGA